UUGCGUACGGCACCGCCUAAGAAGUCGAGACCUUAAAGCCGGCGAGCCCGCGGCCGCCCGUAGCCUCAUCGCCCGAGGAUCCGCACGGGGUUGACCGGCCUCCCCCGCCCCCCCAGCAGCCGCCAUCACUGAAAAAUGUUGGGUCUGAGAAGAAAGGCGGUCCUCGGGCUGAAUAUGUGCUGUGGGGGUGCCGGGCUGGGAGCCGGCGGCGGCGUCAGCGUCGCCUCCUCGGGCGAGCGGCUCCUGGCCGCCGAGAAGGAGGCCCCGGGCCGGCGGGAGGCAGGGGGAGGGGAGGCCGGCGCGGCCAUGGGCGGAAGUCCCGGCGCGAGCCCCGUGGCCGCCCGGAGGGUCUCGCGGCCGGCGCCCAUUGGCGCCGAGCGGUCGGACGUCAGCGCGACCCCCACGAGGCUGCUGUGCUGGGCGCACACCCGCCGCGCGACGCCGCUCGACGAGAUGGAAGCCGGCGCCGCCAUCAUGUCGCCCGAGGAGGAGCUGGACGGCUACGAGCCCGAGCCUCUGGGCAAGCGGCCGCCCGUCCUUCCCCGGCUGGAGCUGGUGGGGGAGGCCACUAAGGCCCCCAGCACGGACGGCUCCCUGCCCUCGACGCCACCUCCCGCGGACGAGGAGGAAGUGGGGGAGGACGAGUUGUACCGGCAGUCGCUGGACAUUAUCGCUCGCUACCUCCGGGAGCAGGCCACCGGCGCCAAGGACGCCAAGCCCCUGGGCCGGACGGGCGCGACCAGCCGGAAGGCGCUGGAGACCCUGCGGCGGGUGGGGGACGGCGUGCAGCGCAAACAUGAGACUGCCUUCCAAGGCAUGUUGCGGAAACUGGACAUCAAAAACGAAAACGAUGUCAAAUCUCUGUCGCGAGUGAUGGUUCACGUGUUCAGCGAUGGCGUGACCAACUGGGGCCGGAUUGUGACUCUCAUUUCUUUCGGGGCUUUUGUAGCCAAACACUUAAAGAGCAUAAAUCAAGAAAGUUGCAUCGAACCCUUAGCGGAAAGUAUCACCGAUGUGUUGGUCAGGACGAAACGGGACUGGCUAGUCAAACAAAGAGGCUGGGAUGGGUUUGUGGAGUUCUUCCACGUAGAGGACCUAGAAGGCGGCAUCAGAAAUGUGCUGCUGGCCUUCGCAGGUGUGGCUGGAGUAGGAGCGGGCUUGGCAUAUCUGAUAAGAUAGCCUUCCAAGUGCAGUAGUUGACCCUUAACCAAUUCCAGCCACCAAAAAGGACACACUUCCAUGAAUAAACACAUGGGAAAGUCGUGUCCCUGAAGACUCACUCUCUGACAGAAGGCACAUUUCGGCAACCAGCAAACCGGGGAGCCGGGAGAACUUGUAGAUGGAGUGAGCCGGGCAGAGUGGAAGGACCUGAUCUUCCCUGUUGAGAACCGGUUAGUGACCGCUUGCCAGUCUCAUCAGAAUUCAUUAAAUCUGCCCAGUGAAUAUGUUAAUUUCCUGUAGUGUUGAA